GUUUUAGUUCAGGGUAUGGUGCAAACCAGAAAAUCAUAUGGAACUCCAUCCAAUUACAUACCAACAUCGAAUAAACGUAGGAGUCUCGAUAGUUCAUCAAGGCUUUAUCCUGAUCUAACUGAACAAAUAAGUAAUGCAAGAACCGAAAAGACUAGCGAGCAACAAGAUGAAAAUGAUUUCACAGAUGCGGAUUUGAGUUUCAGUAGCUCACAUGGAUCAGAAGAAUCCGAUGUGUCAUGUAACGAAGUGAAUGAAAAAUGGAAAUACUGGACUGUUAUUGGAAUAGUUUUCAUUGCGAUUGUUGUGGGAGCAUUGAUUAAAGGAAGCAAAGUUACGACUAACGAAUCGUAUGAAAGUUACAUCAAAUCAGUCCGAUCUGUCAUCAAGAACGAGUUUCCUACAAUUUCGAAAGAAAAUCGGGAUCUCUUAAGACUAAUCGGGCAGAAAAUCUAUUUGGAACCAGAAAAUCAUGCUCCGUUGGUUGUUCUUGUUGGGGGAACACCGGCCAAACAAAUUGCCGAAGCUGUGAAUCGAGCUGUUCAAGAUGCUAAAAGUGAUGAGCAUACUACGGCAGGAAAAUCAUCAAUUAGAGUGGAAAGUGACACUGAUAGAGCCGAGUUGCAUGCGAAUUUGCAGGAAAUCCUCGGACCCGCUCUUAUUUCACAAUCAUCACCUCGAACAGCUGUGAUUUUGGAUGUAGACCUGCUAAAAUGGGAUGCAGUUCUUGUUCUUCAUGCGUUCUCAGAUCACGGAAAAUAUCCAGUUCCCAAAACAAUACUUUUUCUGACUGUUUCUUCACAACAAGAUUCAACGAUGGACAUUGCCAACACAAGUUGUGAUGAGAAAAUGGUCCAAUUUCUAACGAAACGCUGGAUUGAGAACGGCGGCUCUUCAGACAACAUUCCACCGAUUAUUGCACGAAUUUCUUAUUUUUUAUGUGUUUAAAAUUUUGCCGGUACAUUACCUUCAUUUUUCACGGGUUUUUAUUUUUUAAUUCUGUAAUUUAAUCCAAGGUUUUACAAGAUCAGCUAAAUAGUUCAAGGAAUUCUGUGUUCAUUGAAUAAAAAUAGUAAAAGUU